AUGGUGACUGCUACUAGCGUGACUUGGCCCGCCACGCAAGCAUCUGUCGGGCCUGGAAUGCUCGAGGAGGCGGCCGCUGCUCCGGUGGAAACGCACACACUCCCGCCGGCCCCCAGGCGCAAGAGGAAGCUAUCUGGUGGCCCGCUGCAGCAGCCCUCUGCCUCCAACAAAACUGAUGCUGUGCGCCAGAAAAUUACUCGAGCUUGUGACUCGUGCAAGGUGAAAAAGACUAGGUGCACCGGCACCCUCCCGUGUACGAGGUGCACGCGGCUGUCGCUUUCAUGUAGAUACCAUGCAGCCUACUCCAGAGGCCUCCCUCCGGACCCCCUUCCUGCAUCGCCAGGUCCAGCGGAUCCUACUACCACGGCUACUGGGCGUCAUGCUUCCGAGGCUGGUGGUGUGUCCAAGAGAUCGCGUUCGCGUGGCAGUACGGCCGCUGGGACAGGUAAAGAUGCCGUCAGCAGCCAUACUGGAUAUACGAGCCAGCGCCACCCCGUGUCAUCGCGCAAUUCGCCUGAGCCGGGGUCGACUGACUUCGAGGGCAACUACAUCGGGCCUGCGUCUGGGGUCUCGUUCAUCAAUCGCGUUUGGAGCAGAUUGCACCAGGAUGAGAAAGUGCAGAUUCCCAAGGCAUUGCAAAAUUGCAAUGAGUCUUCCGCCAACACAGCUGUGUUCAUGUUUGGCGAUAAGCCUUACUCGCACCCCCAGGAUGUAGACUUUCUUCUGCCGUCCCUGGAGACCGCGAUGGAGCUGAUCGCAAUCUACUUUGACUUCUCGAUGGUGACCUAUCGCUUCUUGCAUCGCGGAAGCGUCGAGAAUUGGGUCAAGCAAAUCUAUGAGAACAAUAUCUCGAUAUCGAAUCUGCCAGUGGGUAUCAUGGUGGCCAGGACGGCUAUCGUUCUGAUGAUCUUUGCGGUCAGCACACUAUGCCAGGAGCAGCAGCCCACGAACGGUCCCAGCCAGAGUGAGCGAUGGUAUGCGGCAUCGAAGUAUAUGGCUUCUCUGGAGUCAGGACCUCCACGCUUGGAAACGAUUCAAGCUCGGCUGAUCCAAUGCCUGUACCUUUUGUCGUCAUCACGAGCUAACGAGUGCUGGUAUUCCUUUGGAACGGCCUUGCAGGUUGUGACAGCUCUGGGAUUACACCGGAAAUGUCCCGUAAAGCUAUCCAAGAACGGAUGUUCUUACCUGGAGUUAGAAUUGCGGAAGCGUAUAUUUUGGAGCGCAUAUACUUUGGACAAAUAUCUCAGUAUCAUGUUCGGUCGGCCCCGGCUGCUUCAUGACGAGGAUAUUGAUCAGGAGUUCCCGGACGAGAUGAAUGACGAGGACCUACUGGAGGAAGACCCAGCACGGCGAAUGGGAUCCACAGACAGCAUGAUGAUUGCAUCUGUUCUACAUUACCGGUUCGUCAUUCUUACGUUGACUAUGCAGUCCGGCGAUCUCCGGUCUACUAACACCUGCCACAGCCUCGGUGGAAUACUAGGCGAGAUAUCUCGGCAACUAUAUAGUAUCAAUCCUCUUUCCCGCGACUCUCCACUCGAAACAGCCGUCCGCCUCACUUCUGACUUGGAAAGAUGGAAAGAAAGCGUACCACCUCUCUUCAACAGCGUUCGACCAUCCAGCCUGAUACCGCCCCUCUGUAGACAAAGCCAAGUCCUCCAACUGGCCUAUUCACACGCAAUGAUCCACGUCACUCGCUCGUUCCUCCUCAACGAUUUCACUGACCUCAGUCGCCCACCAAAAGAGCCACACCCAAUGGUCAGCGCUCACGUGCAAAAAUGCAUCGCAGCGGCUGAGGAUACCAUGACCCUCAUCGAUGAUCUCGCGCAGCAGAAUAUCUUUAUUCAAUCAUUCUGGUUCACCCACUACGUGACAUUCUGCGCCAUCCUAGUGGUCUACAUCCACAUAAUCCAGCAGCACCGCCAGGCCACAGCACCAAGCCCAACGGCAGGGAGUCCUGCUGACGCCGAUAAACUGCAUUCGUUGUUUUUGCUUGCAGAGACCUGUCAGCAACACCUUGCGGAAGCUACGCGGAAGAACUGUCCCAGCAGACGGUACAGUAUCAUUCUUGGGGAGCUCAGGAAGGAAGUCCAUCGGCACAUAGGCUCAGACCAGCAGAUUAGCAUAGGACAGAUCCCGGUCAUACACAAUGAUGAUCCGCUUCCUGAGCAGAAAACGAUGACGCCAAAUCAUGUGGACCGCACAGUAUCCUUUGUUCCUCCGAAUCUGGAUUUCCACCCAAUGUCGAAUAUCCUGCCACCAACCGACCUGGGCCCGCCCAUCAAUACUGCGGAGGAUGCGGGGCUGCUUGAGAACCUCGAAGGCUCCAUUUGGUGGGCUCAACUCGAUUCCUGGGUAUGUGUAUAG